UCUUACGUCUAAAGCAAAUUACGUUUUGCACUGAUCGUUCUAAUCAUUUUCUCACAAGUCGGAAGACUCGAACGUGCAUCUCCUGACCUUUUAAUUGUGGUUCGCUCUUGCUCUUCUAGCCAAAUCCGGGAGAUGGAUUUGGCUCCGUCUUCCUUCAAUCUGAGAACUCUACUCGCUCUACCAGCCAGAUGUCACUGAUCACUCUAGAGCAACUCCUCCGCGAGGAGGAGGAGGUGGCGGGCAAGGGAGGGGCUUCGCGCUUCUCCGAUAAGCCCCGAGAGAUCGAUUUAUACAAGGAGGAAGGUCGAGAGAUGAUGAUCGACGCGGCUAGCAAUGGGGUUCUGCCGCUUCUGCAUCAGCAGAUGAUUCUGACUGAAAGCAGCGGAGAGGAUCUCGAGGUGAAGGCCCCGAAGAAAAGGGCAGAGACGUGGGCGCAAGAAGAGACACGAGGCCUCAUUAGUUUGAGGAGGGAGAUGGAUAGGCUGUUCAAUACCUCCAAGUCUAAUAAACAUUUAUGGGAGCAAAUCUCCGCAAAGAUGAGGCAUAAAGGAUAUGAUCGGUCGGCAACAAUGUGCACGGAUAAAUGGCGGAAUUUACUCAAGGAGUUUAAGAAGGCCAAGCAUCAGUAUCGGAGUGGUGGAACUGUAAAGUUGCCUUAUUAUAAGGAGCUCGACGAGUUGCUCAAGGAUAGGAGCAAGAACGCAGCUUCCAAGAAUCCCAUGCCGUCCAAGGUUGAUUCAUGCUUUCGCUUUUCCGAAAAAGCUAGUGGAAGGUCAGCUCUUAAUCUGGAAAGACGUUUAGAUCCUGAUGGCCUUCCUCUUGCUAUAACAUCAGCUGAUGCAGCGGCUGCUGGUGGAGUUCCUCCUUGGAACUGGAGAGACACCUCAGCAAAUGGUUGUGAUAACCACAGUUCUUAUGGUGGAAGAGUUAUUCUAGUCAAGUGUGGGGUCUACACAAAAAAAAUUGGUAUAGACGGCUCUGCAGAGGCAAUAAAGGAGGCCAUUAAAUCAGCUUUUGGAUUGAGAACAAGACGUGCUUUUUGGCUUGAGGAUGAAGAUGAGGUAGUACGCAGUCUUGAUAGGGACAUGCCACUAGGGACGUACACUCUUCAUCUUGAUGAGGGAAUACAUAUAAAGAUCUGCCUAUACGAGGAUGCCGACCGUAUGACUGUUCGUACAGAGGACAAGACUCUAUACUCCAAGGAAGAUUUCCGGGAAUUCCUCCUUCGUCAUAACUGGACUUGUUUAAGAGAACUUGGUGGAUUUCAUAGUGUAGAUACUCAUAGUCUUAAUACUCUAGAUGAUCUUCGUCCUGGAGCUAUAUAUCAGGGUGUUAGAUUGCUCGGUGAUUAAAUAGCAGAGAUGUUGAAUGCCACCAUUGGAGCAAGCUCAUUGUGCUUAGAGUUCACAGGGUUAGCAUCUUUUAUAACACAUUAUUAAUUGUAGUCAAAUAUUUAUUGAUAUAAAUAAAAGAUCAUAAAUUUGAUAGA